GUGUGACAAGAUGAAUUCUGGGAGCUCCAAAAUCUUAUCCUUUCCUACUCUCACUCUCUGAAAGUUUCAGUCUGUUAUGCGUUUGAAAAUUGAAACUUUCAGAGGAUCUUUCUGUUAAGAUUUCAUUCCCAAUAAGAACAAGAACAAGAACAAGAACAAAAAUUCAAAUUGCAUUGCUUUCAAAAUUCAAAUUUUCAGUAACGAAAACAUUUCUUUCUUUUUUCGAUUUGAAGAAAAAAAAAGAUAUGCAUUCGAAUUUUGGAGCUGCAGAGAUUGGAAAUCAGCACUUUAUGGAUUCUAAUUCAUCAGUUUUACCAGUCUUCAAUCCUCAGAAGCAAAACCAGAACUUUUUGCAUCAACAAUUUCAUCCGCAGCAGCCGCAGCCAUGUUAUCAUCUCAGUCAAUUAGCUCAUCCGAUUCCGAUUACCCACGACUUGUUCCAACGACAGAAUCAGCUCCAAUUCCAAGCAUUGCUGCAGCAGCAGCAGCAGGAACAGCAGGAAGAAGGCAGGCUGCCAUGGCAGCCGAGCCUUCCAAGUUUCAAGCUUGGUCUCAGUGAAAGCAGUGGACCACAUAACUUAGGAUUCAAAAAUUGGAAAACCCAAGAAUAUUACGGGAUUAGAAGAGAAUCAAUGUGUUGGAAGCCUCUUGACGCGGUAGUCGCCGACACAACAAACAAAAGGCAGAGGCAGGAAGAAGGGGAGAGUUGCAGAGACUUGGAGGGAAAACACAGGCUUUAUGGUGAGCUUGAAGCAAUCUAUAACCUAGCAAAGAUGGGGGAGGCUAAUCAGAAUCAAACCGGCUCUGGCUCUGCGCUCACCGGCGAAAACUGCUCGAAAAAUGUGGAAUUUCCUGUGGUUUUUGUUGAUCCUAAUGGCCUCAAUGCUGCUCCAGCUGAUAAUGUUAGGGUGGAUAAUGUGUCGGAAGCGUCCAUUGGAGAGGAGCGUUCAGUGGGGAAGAUUCAGAAGAGGAAGAGAAAGUCGAAAAUGAAGGAGCAAUUAAGUUCAAUGACUAGGUUUUUCGAGAACUUGGUGAAGCAGGUUGUGGAUCACCAAGAGAAUCUUCAUAAAAAGUAUUUGGAAGUGAUUGAAAAAAUGGAGAAAGAGAGAAGGGAGAGAGAAGUGGCAUGGAGAUAUCAAGCGGAGGAGAACCAUAAGAGAGAAACCAUGGCCAAACUCCAUGAGCAGGCUCUAGCUUCAAGCAGAGAAGCUCUCAUUGUUUCAUACAUUGAGGAAAUCACUGGCCAAAGAGUCAGCCUUCCUCCUAGGCAAACCCCACUGUUGUUGCAGCCUGAUAAUGUAAGCGAACCCCAAACCGCAGUGGAAUUGACACCCUCCCAAGCUGAUCGCACAAAUAGCAGAUGGCCUCAAAGUGAAGUCGAGGCGUUGAUUCUAGUGCGAGGUAGUGUAGAAUCGAAAUUUGUGGAACUGGGGUCAAAAGGGCAUGUCUGGGAAGAGGUGAGUGCUUUAAUGGCUUCAAUGGGCUAUCAGAAGAGUGCCAGAAGGUGCAAGCAAAAGUGGGAGAACAUCAACAAGUACUUUAGGAGAACCAAAGACACUGCAAAAAAGCGUCCUAUUCAGUCGAAAACUUGUUCUUAUUUUAAUCAGUUGGGUCAGCUGUACUCAAAAACGCCGACCACCGUCCCUUCAUCUUCAUCUUCGGUUAGCAUGGAUGUUAGCAUUCAAAGGCAAGGUUAUUCAGAGCUUUUAGAAGCCUUUGUAGCAGGGAGAGGGACAGAAGUUACACAUAAUCUGUCUAAUGGGAAUUUUGAAAUCUCCGAAAUGGGGUUCAGUAGGUUGGAUUUCAAUGGCAUUAGUAAUGGUAAAGUAGAAAAUGUGCAAGGAGACCGUGGGAAGGAGAAGGAAAACGACGAGGAUGACGAGAACAUGGACGAAAGGGAAGACACGGAUGGUGAAGAUUUUGAUGAAUAAGGUAGAGCAUUGUCAUGGGACAAAACUAGGAAGGUACGCCAGUUAAUCAUGGCGUGUAGUUCUUUUGUUAACCUAGCAAUUUUGAUGUGUUUUUGGCUAUUAGCUUGAGUUUCAAGCUUUUUUUAGUAGUUUUUGUUGCUGACAAAGUUUGAGGUUGAAUUAAAUUCUCCUUUUUAGAUUAACAUAUUGAUUCAUGUUGGAAAA